CGCCAAUGCCGAUUGCUCUCAUCUGUUUUACCAAGGAUCGCCUAUAAAAGCGGAUUGUGACACCUUUCAUUCUUCUCUUCUACUUCAAUUUUUGAGGUAUAAUUAAGAAAUGACGACUCAGGAAAGUCAAUUCGAGUGCAAUGUAAAUAUUCACUUCAUCGUUCCGGAUCAUCUAGAAUCCGAAAAUGACUGCAGCGAGGAAAUGUGGCAGGCGUUUAACAAAUGUAGUGAAUUUAGCUUGGAACCAGAAUGGAUUACUGAGAAGAUGUGUGACAAGAUGAAACCAUCAAAAAAUGAUAUAUUUAUUAUAGAAGAAUUCAGUGGUACCUUAUUUGAAAAAAUACAAAAUUUUAAAUGCUCCAGAAUAGUAUCCCCAAAAUGCUUGCUUAUCUGUUUUUUAAAUGGAGAACCGAUUCCCGAAGGAAAAAACCCAAUAUAUACAACUGCUAUGAGAGGAAUGUGCAUUUGUGUAUCGGGUGUAACUCCAGAACUCAAGAAACAGAUACAAAAACGGGUUGAAUAUAUGGGAGGAUUUUUCACAAAACAGUUAAGAAGUUCAGUCACACAUUUAGUAGCAGACUCUGUGAUGUCUGAAAAAUAUGAGGGUGCUUUAAAAAUGAAAAUACCAAUUAUGAAAAAAGAAUGGGUUGAAGCAGUAUGGGAAGAAAAUUUGAAAAAUGUGACUCAAGCAAAUGAUAAGAUGUUUGAUAAAUAUAAAUGUCCUGUUUUUAUGAAUCUAAUAGUUACUUCGACAAAUCUUCCCAAGCGUCAAAAAGAAGAAAUUAAACGUUUAAUACAUGAUCAUGGAGGAACAUUUAUGGGUCCUCUUGAUGGAACAAAAGUUCGAGUGGUCUUCGCUUCCAAAAGUGGCCCGAUGAGUGAUAAACUAAAAUACGCUUUGGAAAACAAUAUCGCUUGUUUACAACCUGAUUGGAUAUAUGAGAGCAUUAAAGUAGGACAUGCUCUACCUUUCCAUAAUUUCAUUAUCAAAUCUGUGAAAGCGUGUUCAACACCAGAAAAAUCGCAUAUCCGAGAAACACUCAACUGUUCCAACAUAAGUUCUAUAUCACAUGAUAAGCAUUAUAAUAAUUAUAUAAACGAAACUUACAGUUCAACAGUAUCAAAUUUUUCCACUGUAGACGCAAUAUCUAAUAAUUUUUCUAACAAUAUUAUGUUAAACGUUUUGGAUCGACUCACUUUCAGUGAAGUAAAAUCGGCUGGACCAUUUCUGGAUGGAUGUAAUAUUUAUCUCGUUGGAUUUGCGGCCAACAUUAAAGAUAAAUUAAAUAGAAUAAUUAAUGUAAGCGGUGCGACACGUUUCGAUGACAUUUCGGGUGCUGUAACGCACGUAAUUGUCGGCGAUGAAAAUAAAGCCUCUGCGAAAUUGAAAACGAUAAAAUCGAGUGGUUUAUGUCCUCACAUAUUAAACAUAGAAUGGCUAGAGGAGAGCAUGAAACUGAAACGGCCUGCACCGGAAGAUCGCUUUCUGUUUGAAGUAAAAAACGGAACACCUAAGAAAAACGUUGAGACGCCUGCUUCUCCGCUCAGUCAGAAGAAUUUACAAAUGCUGCAGAAAUCCAAGAGACCACCUAUCCCACCUUUCAAUUUAGAAAAAGAACCUGUACCUGCGAAUGAAAAAGAACAAUCUGAUCUCGUGCAACAAUAUCUACAGAAAACUAAUGAUACUUGGAUUACAGAAUAUAGCAACACGAAGUCUAUUUUGCAGGAUAAAGAUGGAGGUAAUUCCAGUAACGUCAGUGAAAUUCGUUCGAACAUCACGCCAAUUAAAAAUGCGGCUGAAGAAAGCUCUGUACCACUUAGUCAAAGUUGCACAAUAAACGAAAAGUUGCUCAGAGGCUUGACAUUUGUUGUGGCUGAUUUCGAUAACGAGGAUAAUAAUGUGAAAGAAACAAUCGAAAUGUUGGGUGGAUACGUAGUUUCGAAAACAUACAGUGGUAUCCCGGAUUAUGGCAUCGUGCCUCUGCAAGGCACACCUUUAAAACAUACUGUUAACGAAAUUGUGACUGAUUUGUUUAUCGAAGAUUGCAUAAACCAGGAGCGAAUUGUCGAUAUCAUGUAUUAUCACAAACCGUUUUCUAUUAGAAAGUCUUGCAGUCCAUUGUCCGAAUGUGUUAUAACAAUGAGCAUGUAUACCGGAACAGAACGAAUAUACCUUUCGGCAUUGGCUAAGGAACUUGGCGCUAUAUGUCAAGAUAUGUUUGCGCGGAAAGCCAACACGGAAAAGAAAACGCGUGCCAGUACGCAUCUCGUUUGCCCUAUUCCAGAAGGGGAUAAAUAUAACGCGGCUGUCAGAUGGAAGUUACCAGCUGUCACUGCCGAUUGGCUAAAAACCUGUGCUGAUCAAUUAACACUCGCAGAUGAAACUCCAUUUCUCGUCGGAGAAACAAUGGCACCAGAUAGACCGAAUACUAAUACCAGUGAAACAACUUUCAAACAAAUUACACCGAGUACUCUCAAAAAUGGAAUAGAUCCGGCAGAAGAGACCGUCAGAACGCCGACCACUCUAACAUCAAAACGUCACUUAUCUCAAAUUGAGGUAGAGAUGAACUCUAUCGACAGCCCCUUAAUGAAGAAAAUAAGAGAUGACUUAGGUUUCAACAAAAUUUCAAAUUCUUUCUCGCCGUUCCACAUCCGUACUCCAGAUAGCCCAUUAGGACAAGUUUUUACAGGACCUAAUCCAUCUCCAAAAACGCGAAAAUUUUGGGCCAAAUGGCUGGACGAUUUGCCGUAUUCACAAGUAAAGGAACCGCCGCUAAAACGGCGCGCACCUAGCACCCCGCUCUCGGAGUUGAAGAUACAACUGUGGGAGAAGUUGAAGAAUGCAGGUCAAAACAAUCCAACGAGUGAAGUAACAUCAAAUGAUGAUUCUUUCGCGAAAAAGGCUGAGGAAGGAAAAGCCGAUCAAUUUAGCAAAGAUGCGCCAUCAACUUCUGACCCUAUUAAUCGAAAACUGGACUUCGACGAAGAAAAUAGUCCAUUGUCGAAUGAUGAAAUAAAUAUGCAAAUAGCAAAAUUGGAUCAAAUGCUUCAACAAACGCGUACACCUGAAAAUAGAUAUUCAAUGUCAGGAGAAAGUACAAAAAAAUAUAACGAAGCUUCCGAUGACAUACAAAAGUGUAUAAUAAAAGACUCACAACCUAUCGACGCUAUUGUAUGGGAGGAUCCGAAUCAGCCAAAGCGGUUAACUUUAGACAAACAAACAAAUGAAAACAUUCGAAAUAAUAUUAUCAACGAACAUAUCGCUGAGAAAGAUAUCAAUGAAUUGCCAAUGAUUCGAAGAUUUAUGCUUUCGGGUAUAAAGGAUAAGGCAAUGUAUGAACAAGUGAUACAAAAUCUCGGCGGAGAAGUGUCGACGGACCCCAAAUAUGACAAUAGUGCUACGCAUCUCUUAUGCAUCAGGCUUUCCAGAAAUGAGAAGAUGCUCGGUAGCAUAGCUGCUGGAAAAUGGCUUUUACAUACGUCAUAUCUACGAGAUUGCGAAAGAGAAGGAAAAUUUCUUAAUGAAGAAAAAUAUGAAUGGGGUAACCCAAAAAGCAAAGAUGUGAUUCCGGAACCAAGCAGCAGCAUAGAGCAAGCGAUCGCGGCCGCAGCUCAUAAGUGGCGGCUGAGAUUGCAGAAGAAACCAGACGGUCCGUUUUGCGACAUGGUGGCACUGCUAAUGGUCUCUGAGGACAAAUACGAUCAGUUCAAGAGAUUGAUCGAAGCCGGUGGUGGUUCGGUUACGCAAGCAAGACCACCCUAUGAUGUCAGUUCAUCGGGACGCAGAAUCACGCACUGCUUCGUUAAUGUGAGACAGGUGAACCAGCCUGUAGACUGGGCCAUGUUGGCGAGCAAGGGUAUCCUCUGCUUCUUGCCGCAAUACCUCAGCGAUUACCUGAUGGCAGAAGAACCGCUCAAUCCACGGGAUUGCGUACUACCAGAAUUUAAAAAAUAUCUGACGUUACUACCGAAAUAGUCAGAUCGCGCAAUCAUGUCAUAAGCGAUUUUAUUCACAUAUACAUAUUUAUUUGUAUUACAUUUUUAUCAUUUGAUUUAUAAUUUGUAUAUUUAAUUUGUUUAAUUUACAUAAACGAAAAAGUAUGAAUGGCAUCUGAAAUCUAUAAAUUAUAAUGUACAUAGAUAUAUAGAUUAUAAUGUACAUAGUGAAUUCAAUAAUGUAAAUUUGAUAUCACAAUACCAAACAACUGAAAUAAAGAGU